AUGAAGUCCUUGUUUGCUUUCUUCGUGGCCACGCUGCUAUGCCACUGGCAGCUGGUGUCCGCAGCUCCCAGCCUGGCCCAGGCACUCUCGCCCAGGUCGGGACUGACGGACAAGGUGCACUUCGAAAUCUUCUUGACGUUGGAGGACGUUGAAGACGUGGGGAGACCCAAGAAAACCAUCCUGGUCAACGGCAUCUCGCCAGGACCGGCGUUGGAAUUGCAGGUGGGCGAUUCGGUCGAAUUCGUCGUCCACAACCACCUCCCUUACGCGACGGCCAUCCAUUUCCACGGUAUCACCCAGCUCGGCACGCCGUGGAGCGACGGCGUUCCGGGCCUGUCACAAGAGCCCAUCCAGCCCGGCGCAACAUUCAUCUACCGAUGGACUGCCGACGAAUCGGGGACCUAUUUCUACCACUCCCAUCGAUACGGCCAGAUCGCCGACGGCCUCUACGGUGCAAUCAUCAUCUAUCCUCGCGGGAGCCAGGAGUCAUUCUUCCGUUCCAUCAGCAAUGAUUCCAAGGAUCUCGCCGCCAUUGAGAUUGCAGCAGUACACGCGAUCCCGAUCUUUGUCUCGGACUGGACUCACUAUACGUUUGACGAGUUCUUUGCCAUCGAGAAAGCGUCCGGCCUGGACGACUAUUGUGCGGAUGCCACGAUCAUCAACGGCAAGGGUUCGAUCAUAUGUCCCGGGAUAGACUAUAUUAACUCACUGGUCUCCCCGGUCUUGGAAACUAUACUGAAUGGAAGCCAAGUCACUGCCAAAGGUUGCUUGCCACCACUCGACAUUGCGCAAGGGCCCUACCCGCACAACUUCUCGGCCCUGCCGGCGGAUGCAUGGUACGACUGUAAUCCAACUCAAGGGAAGACAGAGGUCAUUACGGUCGAUCCCAAGUUGGGAUGGGCUCGCCUCGACUUCAUCAGCCCAGCGUCCGUCAACACCCUGGCCAUCUCCAUUGACGAGCACCCGUUGUAUGUGUUUUCCGCCGAUGGGAAAUACAUUCAACCACAAGUGGUGCAGCAGCUCCCCAUCUCGAACGGGUUCAGGUAUUCGGCUCUGAUUAAGCUGGACAAGCCCGUGGGCGACUACACAAUCCGAGUCACUGUGUCCGGCAUCAACCAGAUCAACAGCGGAUAUGCGACACUGUCGUACCGCGGCAGCGCCCACAACAACACGUCCGUUGCGUACGUCAACUACGCCGGAGCGAAUCUGACCGCGGACUUUGUCGCCUUCGACGAGACGGCCAUCGUCCCGUUCGAAGCCGUUGCCCCUGCGCCGGUCGCCGACGUGACCCACAUCCUGACUCUGGAACACUUCACCCAGUCCUGGAACUGGACCCUGAGCGGCAACGCCUCGUUCGCCGAGUAUCUGGAGAACGACGCACCUCUCCUCUACAGCCCGACCUCCGCCCAGGCCGAGAACUCGAAUCUCACCAUUCGCACCCACAACGGCACCUGGGUCGACAUCAUCAUCGUUUCCGCCCAGCCGCUGUCGCCGCCUCAUCCCAUCCACAAGCACUCCAACAAGUUCUUCGUCAUCGGCUCCGGCUCCGGCGCCUUCAACUAUUCUUCCGUCGCCGAGGCCAUCCAGUACAUCCCGGAGAACUUCAACCUGGUCAAUCCUCCGCAGCGAGACGGCUCCAACGUCCCUGCUGCCCCGGCCGAGCCCUCUUGGCUGGCCAUCCGCUACCACAGCGUGAACCCCGGCGCCUUCCUGCUCCACUGUCACGUCCAGACCCAUUUCAGCGGCGGAAUGGGCAUCGCAAUCCUCGACGGUGUCGAUGCCUGGCCAAAGAUCCCCGCUGAGUACCGCGCGGGAAAGAAUGGCCUACCGUAA